UAUCAGUCCAUCACUUAACUCAACUACUUCGCAACAAAAUUCAAUCAAAAUUGAUAAACCCCAAAAACAAAACCCUAAUUUUUCAAAAAUUGUGCAUAAUUUUCUAGAGUUUUGAAGAAGAAAGACGAAAAUGGCGCUCUGUACUAGCUGCGCUCUUUCAACUUCACCGCUUCCACUUUCAUCUUCUCGUCGCUUCUUACCUAACACUUCUCACUUACGCUUUUCUAUCCAGAAGCUUCCCGAAUUCUCAGGAGGUGUUUUGUCUUAUCCUGAUACAAGAAGAAGCAGAUUGUUGUUAAGAGCAAGCUCAGAUGAGACAGGUAGUAAAUUUACAGAAAAGAAAAGUGAUGGAGCAUUUGUAACACUUGAAGAUGACUCUUCACCGUCAACAUUUGUAGACAAUGAUAUAACACUUGGUAAUGCUUCGCCCGUGAAUGUCAAUGACAAGGUUGAAUCUUUUUCAGAUGAUGAUGAAGCUUUGCAGCCGAUAAAGGAGCUUUUUAAUAAGCUCGACAUUGAUUUGGAUGUUGAAGAUUCGCCGACAAUUCUCCUGUAUGGUGGCGGUGCCAUUGUUGCUUUGUGGUUGCUUUCAGCCAUUGUUGGUGCGAUUGAUUCUAUUCCAGUGCUCCCAAAAGUGCUGGAAGUUGUGGGUCUAGGCUACUCAGUUUGGUUCACCACACGAUAUUUGCUAUUUAAGAAAAAUAGAGAAGAACUUGGAUCCAAGAUUGAAGAGCUGAAACAAGAAAUAUUGGGCACGAGCAAUAAAUAAUGACAUUUGGACUUUUGCUUAUGCGAAGUUACUGUAGAGUGAGAGCUUGUUCUUUAUACGAGAAAUUUUUUGCAUAGACAAUAUACUGUGAAUAAGUAGGGGAAAUUAGAGUUAUGUAUGCUGUUUGAUCAUACGUGAAAUGAAGGUUUGCUUAGCUUUAUUCGUAUUCUGUUCUGGUUAUUUGACAGGGUUUUUUUGCUGUUCCUGUUAAAGUUAUUUUCCUUAAUAGACUAAAUUGUGUAAGAAGUAAGAAUGGUAUUGUCCAUGACUAUAUUUUUAUUGCGCCAAAGCCCAUGGCUCUUGCAAUGUC